GACUAUCUUCUGUACGUACCAGAGGUACUGUUACUCGUAUGUGAAUUAUACGCUCGUAUACUGAGCGUUUAACGUUGGCGCGGCCGAUCGGCGGUGACGUUUUGCGUUUAAAGGACUGUGACCUAAAAUCGACUGCGGUUGUUUUAUUUUUGUGGAUUUUUGGUGACUUUUGUGGCAUGUAGGGGUACCUAGAGGAUUUCUGGAUAAUUCAUUUUGGAUAUUGAUUUAUAAAAAGGUACUGCAACUUUAGUAUAAGGAACGAACAUGUAACCUGAUGCUAAAUUAUUUCGGAGCAAAUCAUAUAUACUUCUUUAGUAUGCAAAUACAAGAACUGGUUCGGCCUCAAACUUCUCAUACGCGGGCCAGUGUUUAGAAACUUACUGGACAAGAAAAAGCAGUAUUUAUUACAGGUCUACCGAAAGGAGAAUUUGAUGACUUGAGGUAUCACAUAAGGUUUAACGCCAUUUUCACUUAAGGGAUGGAGCUCAACCCUGCGUGAGUGAGAUGCUAACAUCGAACUCCCACCCUUAUGGCUGCUUUGGUUAGCCAUGCGAUGCAUCGGUUUCCAACGUCACCUCCGGACGCCGUAUACUCCUCUUACGGCUUAAGGAGUGAAAGCACUAACCGGCACCCUGGUGACGUCUCCAAUACCUCAAGUCCCUCAGGUACCACCGGUGCUCUAUCACGUUCCAUGAGGUACGCAGAUCCGUGGCUUUACGGUAGCGUCAGAGCUUCAGGCGGACUGCUACUCGCCCCUGCUCUAGUUCUCUGCCAGUGUCCCGAAUACUUGACCGGAAGUCGCAGGUCAAGCUCAAAAAAAUCCCCACACGCGUGCAAAAAGUGCAAAGGAACUAGAUUCCCCAUAUCCCCUGUCGAUUCCAAGUUCGGAACGGUACGAUGUUAUCCCACGUCUCAGCAGAUCAGUCCGAGUACUCCCUUGCGGGCAGGUACAGUACGGGUAACAUCCUCCUCGAGACCAUCGAUCCUCCCGACCGCUGAUCCUUAUGAUCUUAUGAGAAGAUCGCGUCUAUCAGUUCCUGAGACCAGUUUGAAUACCUCUCCGUUUAGAGACUUGCCUGCACCAGUCAAUAAAGAUUGUCAAAAGAAUAGUUCUGGCAAAAGUACCAAGCAAGAAUCUUCAUAUAAUUCAACCUAUGGCCGUCGUUCUAUUUUAGAAUGCAAUGUCAAUCCAUACGAUUUAAUGACAGGUGAAAAAUUAGCUGAAUCCAAACAUUCUAAAGAAGUGAAGCCCAAAAAUGUUACUUCAGUUAACGGACAACGAAUCCGGGUUCGGCCUGUUUUAGAUACUCACCAAAAUCGUGAAGAAGUUCCUAAACACUCUAAUGCUAAAGUUCUUCAGUCGCAAGUUACACAAGGAAAAUUAAUACAAAAAAAACAAACAUCAGUAAAAUUGAUCCCACCUGUGCAGUCACCAGUCUCUCCAGUAGAUAAAGAUCCCGAACAUCAAAAUCGUUUUAAAUCGAUAUUAAAGAAGCCGAAUUAUAACGGAGAUUCUUCUGCUUACUCAGAUCUUGAAGAUGCUGUAAGUCCAACUUCUCCAAGGAAAUCAGGUUCCAAAUUUUACCUCCCUGUACCUCUACCGGUAACUCCCAGAAAAAAGGUGCAAUUCCUGGAUGCAGCUAAAUCCGAUACUAGUGAAGAUGAAGAUAGAUUUAUCUCAGAUAAAAGCAAUAAUGAGAAUCUUCUGGGGUAUUAUGAAGAUCCAAUAAGUAUUAAAGAAGACCGUAAAAUGAAAACAAUCGAAAUUCAAAACGAAGACGAAGAUGAGGAAGUAUUUGAAGAUGCACUAGAAAAUCCCGAACCUGAAAAUGAACCAAAUAAGACAGAAGCUUCGUUAAUAAAACGCCCAUGUAAAGUAAACCGCAGUAAUAGCGAUCGAAGAAACAAAAAAGAAAGUUAUGUCAAUUUCUUUGAUACUACAGCUUUAAGAACUCGUAAACGAAACGAUUGCAGAAUUGUAUUUACUGAGCAGGAUUUGGAGAAAUUAGAUGGUUUAACUGCGAGGAUCAGGAAGAUUAGCCCUAGACCUACAAGUCCACCUCCACCUCCACCAACUGUGGAUCCUCCUAAGGAAAAGGAGAUAGACUUUUUGACAGAUAAAAAAGAAGAUAAGCCUUUGCAUGCAACUCAUGUAAAUGAUGGACAUAUUACGAAUGAAACAAGUGCAAAACAUACUUCUGAAGGUAAAAAGGAAGAGCACAAGCACAAAAUAUCAAUAUCAAGUACUUCUUCCGAUGAAGCAACUAAUUUAUUAAGUACUCCACCAUCGGCACCACCAAGGAAACGAAGCAAUAAUAAGCAACCAAUAGUCAACAUAGUUACUCAUAGUAUUUCAACUUCUACAGUCAAAAUUGAGUCUCCUAUUGUAGAAAGUCCUAGCAAUAAAACAGUGGUUCAAAUAAGCUCGCCUCUAAGUGAUAUACAUAAAAUCCAAAUUAAAAAUGAGCCUUCUGAAUAUUCGCCAAUCAUUAUUGGCCAAUCGAGCGUGUCAAUAUUCGAAAAUGCUCAAAGAAAAACAUCAAUUUUGAUCAACGGAGAUGACUGUUAUUCCACAGUAAACGUAAAUGAUGACGUCCCAUUAUACCACUCCUCAGUAGUCGUCAAUGACGAAGUCACCCCACUUAUAAAGAAUGCAAGAAAUAACAGCAGCAAAAUUUAUAUAACAGGAGAAAUUAGUACAAAUACCGAUACAGAGAAAGUGCUGAAACAAGUGUCUGAACAACUCAGCACUCUAACUACAGAUAAAGACACUGAACCACCACCUAUACCAGAACCAAAAGCAGAAUUACUAGCUUCUCAAUCUGAGCUUCUUAAAGAACUUCUCCGAGACCCAGUAGAAGCUGUUCGCCAUAAUCUAGUCCCCCAUGUCUGUGGAAAGUCAGAUAUGGUCAGGAGACAACGAGAUACCAAGUUCCCAAGGCACCGAUCGCCACUGAGCAAACCGCAAACUCUUUUAGAGUCUCCUUUAGAAGAGAAGAAUCUGUCUUCCUCUGUAGAAGACUCCAUCUUGAGACUUCGGGAUUAUGAGCAAAUUCCCGAUGAUGCCUGCUCUAAUUCCAGCCAAUAUGAGCUUAUGGACCAGGGUUCGGAAUGCUAUACAGAUCAUAGUAACAGAAGCUCUGUUACUGAAGAGGAACUGGAAAACAGAAAUAAGUUUUAUGAACUUUUAGCUGAACGGGUUAACAUUGAAGUGUCUGAAACGGAUGAUCAUCACUAUGAAAGCAUUAAGGCCAAUAAUGACCCAAUUUAUGAAGAAAUCGAUGUUCCGCCACCGUUACCUUCAAAUCCUCCUCCUACCACUAUUUUGGAUGAUCUUCAUUUAGAUAAAGAAUAUACCACCAGAUCAAUCUUUGAAGGAGCAUCUAAAUACGAUAUUCUAAGCUACUUAGUAGACGCAAAGGAACGGGGUGUAGUACAAGAAGAUGGGUAUACUUACGCUUAUCCUCCAAACACCAGUCACGACGAUGAUACCAAAGAAUUCAAUAGAGCAUCUCACCUGAGCACCGUGAGUGAUUCCAGUGAAGACAACUCGUUGAUAAUAUCAGGAGCAUUGAUAGAUGAGAAAGCAACCUUUCAAAAACCUGCAGAAGUUGAACGGCAUGACUCUGGAGUUGGAUCGGAAACAAGCAAAUCUAGCCUAAGCAAAUACCGUACUAAGCCGGAAAUAUUUAUUACUUGUGAAGACUGUGAUACUGUGUUGGACAGCAAAACAGAAAACGAACCAUUGCUUUGUCGAAAAUGUGUUAAGAAGCGAUCGGAACGAAAAGAAAUAAUAACAGAGAUUGUGGAGACUGAAGAGAAAUACAGUAGAGACCUGCAGAUAAUUUUGGAGGAGUUUUAUCAGCCGAUGUUAGUAGCAGGUCUUCUUACGCCGGAUCAGCUUUCAGCGAUAUUCCUUAAUGUGGAGGAACUGCUGGAAAAUAGCCAAGCUCUAGCCGAAAGGCUAAGAGAUGCGGUAGAAAUUGCUUUGGAGCAAGGAGACGAUGAUCUUUUAACUGUAAAUAUCGGUAAACUGUUCCUAGAAGCUGCUCCUAUGCUUCAUGCUUUUGAAACUUAUUGUAUUCGCCAAGGCACUGCCAGCCUAUUAUUAGCCAGCCUAGAAAAAGAAAAAGAAUUAUUGCGAAUAUUCUUAAGAGUAUCUCAAAUGGAGAACACGAUGCUUAGAAGAAUGAACCUAAAUUCUUUUCUAAUGGUACCCGUGCAAAGGGUUACAAAGUAUCCAUUACUUUUGGCGAGGUUGUUUAAGGUGACCCCUACCCACCAUGAUACGAAGGAGCUAUUAAAAGAAGCUCAACAUAAAAUUGAGCUACACUUAAAUCAUAUGAAUUCGGAGACCAAGGAUGUUCCUAGCAAAUUAUGGCGAAGAAUAGGGAGUUCAGGAAGGCGACCAAGUACAGAAAUGGAUCUGGUCAAUAUAAAACUAAGGAAAAUUGCUGUGGAUGUUCUGGAAUGGAACCACGAAGAAGCAAGAUUUAUUUUAGAAGGUAAACUGCUAUUCACACAACCAACGGACAACAAUUGGAGAAAAGGCCGAACUAUCAAGUUAAUUCCUGUUAAUGCUAUGUUGGUUAUAAAUGGAAAGACUCCCUCAGUAAAAGCACCAACAGAUAAGCUUGAUGAAAGUGGCCUAGUAUUUUCUAUGAAAAACGUGGGUGUAAGAGAGGCGGCAUUAUUAUUAGUAAGAGACAAAAACGGACGUUAUUCACUACUAAGGGAACCGCUGUACUUGGAUCGAUGCGUUAUUGCUGCAGAUCCAGCCUGGCAAAGCUACUUUGAAGUUCAAGAACUACUUAGCAAGGAUACGUUUAUUUUUAAGGCCGAGGAUGAAGAUCAAACCCAUGUAUGGUACCGGAAGCUGCAAUACCACGCCCAAGGAAUGGGCGCUUGGAGGAAAAGAAGAAAUGCGUUAGCAAACAUUAUGAUUAACGGGAUGGGACUUCGUUCGUAGCGAGAGAAGUUUCUUUAUGAUAAAAAAUUAAAUAAUUAUCGAAAUAGCUACGGGAAAAACUCCGCAAAUUCCUCAGUAAUUUUACACGUCCUGUAAACUGUAUUUAUUAAGUGCAGCUUUAACUUUUAUUUGUAAGAAUGUGUCCUUAUUGUUUUGUUUUUUUGAACAACGAGUUAAGUUAAUUAAUUAUUAGUAAUUAUAUUGUAACUAAUAUAUCUGCAGCUAGAUUAAUGCUUAUUAGGACCUAAUUGCUGUUUAGAGUUUAGUUGUAUAUUUAUUGUAAAAUAUGUUAAUGUUUUAAAAGUAUUUUACAUUAUUCUAUUAUAAAAUAUAAUAACUCCCUAUAUAGAAAUAAAUUCUUAAAACAA